AUGACAGGGUAUACACCACUCACAGUGGAACGCCAGGCUAAUAUGAUUCGAAAAACCACGGUAUUGGAUGUGAUGAGAAGACUUCUUCAGACAAAGAAUAUCAUGGUUUCAUCACAUGCUAGGACAAAAGAAGCCAGUCAGGCAAAAUAUAUCUCCAUACUGAACAUCAUUCAGGGAGAAGUUGACCCUACUCUGGUUCAUGAUAGUUUGCAACGAAUAGGCGAAAGAAAGCUUGUUAAUUUCAUUUAA